AUGCCGUCCAUGUCCGAGAUCUCGCAGAAAUCCUUGCUCGGGCUGUCUUUGAUGGCAGCCUUGGUGCAGGCCACACCCACAGUUAGCCUAAACUUCAACUACCGGGAUGACAAGGUCCGGGGUGUCAACCUCGGUGGUUGGCUGGUAACUGAACCCUGGAUCACUCCAUCGAUUUUUGACGCCGCUGGCGAUGCGGCGGUCGAUGAGUGGUCUCUCUGUGAGACUUUGGGUGCGGAUGAAUGUCGCUCUGUUCUGUCCCAACACUGGAGCAGUUUCAUUACCGCCGACGAUUUGAAUCAAAUCGCCAGUGCAGGAAUGAACCACGUCAGAAUCCCUGUGGGAUACUGGGCUUUGAAGCACUUGGAUGGAGACCAGUACAUCGAUGGUCAGCUGGAGUAUCUCGACCAGGCCAUCGGCUGGGCUCGCGCCGCCGGUCUCAAGGUCAUUGUUGAUUUGCACGGAGCUCCUGGCUCUCAGAACGGAUUUGACAACAGUGGAAAACGCGGCAGUAUUCAAUGGCAACAGGGUGAUACGGUUGAACAUACCAAAGAUGUCCUGGAUGCUCUCGCUGCGCGGUAUGAAGGCGAUGGGGACGUUGUAACUGCAAUCGAGGCUUUGAACGAACCUAGCAUCCCAGGCGGAGUAAACCAGGAUGGUCUGAAGCAAUACUACUACGAUUCAUGGGGCCUGAUCCGAAAGGCAAGCCAGGACACCACGCUGGUCCUGCAUGACGGCUUCAUGCCUCCUGAAUCAUGGAACGGCUUCAUGAGCGAGUCUACCGGUGUCUGGUAUGUGAUGAUGGACACCCACCACUAUGAAGUGUUCGACAGCGGUCUACUCGCUGUGGACACCGAAACCCACAUCAGCAAUGUCUGCAGCUUUGCCAAAGAUCACGUUGUGACCUCGGAUAAGUGGGCUGUUGUUGGGGAGUGGACUGGCGCCAUGACCGAUUGUGCUAAGUACUUGAACGGAAAGGGGAUUGGUGCCCGCUACGAUGGGACUUUCUUCAAUAGCCAAUAUAUCGGCAGCUGUGAGGGCAAGUCGACUGGGUCCGUGGAUGCUCUAUCUGAGGAGGACCGAAGCAACACGCGUCGCUUCAUCGAAGGCCAGCUUGAUGCCUAUGAGAAGGGUAACGGCUGGCUCUACUGGACCUGGAAGACCGAGGGUGCCCCCGAAUGGGAUAUGCAACAGCAAAUCGCUGGCGGUGUCUUUCCCAACCCUGUCACUAGUCGGGAAUUCCCUGGCCAGUGCUGA